AUGUCUCGCACACAACAAGAACCGCCAAAACCUAUACCAACAACAGCAACCAAGGGCGACCUUGACUCAGACCUUCGACAAUUCUUUUCUGAGAGACCGUCACUAUGCUUGGGUGGAAGCGACCUGUUCAAGGAGAGACGACAACACUCCGAAAUCUUUAGCUUGGCCGCGCAUCCGCCGUCGAAGCGAGCCAGCAUCGGGCACAGUGAAUAUACAGCAAUCCAAGGACCCUACGGAUCCAUUCCACUACGCAUCCUUUCUCCAUCGAGGACCGACGGAAAAAGCACGAAUGGACUAUAUCCAGCGCUGCUCUACGUCCAUGGGGGGGGAUACUCGGUCGGUUGCGCGGACGAGUUUGAGAACGGUUGCCGUGUCUUGGCAGAGAAAGCCGGGAUGCAGGUGUACAUUAUAGACUAUCGGCUCGCUCCGGAGUGA